AUGCCCAUGGACAUGACAAAGAAACCUGAGGUCUCUGGUCAGGCAGCGGCAGCAGACCUAGAUCCCAUCGCCAUAGCGGCUCGAGGAAAUGAAAUCUUAGGGCUGGAUAUCUUCCGAAAAACAGAUGAGGAUAUAUCAGUUCCCAGGGUAAUGACUCUCCUUUCCGAAAUGAACGCCGACAAACCCACCGGAGGCACCGACAUGGUCUACGGAGACAAGGAGUCGCAAAAUCUCCGCCUCUGGAAGCCCGAUACUUCCAAGCCUCCGGUUAUCCUGUUUGUCCACGGCGGAAGCUGGAGAUCUGGUACGAACUUGGACUCGAUCGGCUCAGUUAAAGUGAAUCAUCUCGUCUCUCGCGGAUAUGCCUUUGCCUCUGUCAAUUAUUCACUUGUACCCUCUGUGACCGUCGAGGAGCAGGUUCAGGAAGUAGCAGAGUCCGUGAGCUCCCUGGUUCAAAAUGCCAACGUGCUUGGUAUCGACCCCGACCGAAUUAUUCUCAUGGGACACAGUUCUGGUGCGCACGUUGUCACCUUACUUGGUACCGAUCCAAGCUACCUGGCAAAUGUAAAUGUCAGCAUUGGCACAGUGCGCGCGGUUAUUUCGCUUGAUGGCUCAAACUACAAUGCAUUGGCAGAGAUAACCGAUAGUCCUGGACCAGUGGCAGAAAAUCUGAUCAGUGCGCUUGGGACUGAUCCAAAGCGACUGGUAGCCAUGCCGCCCACACACCAUGCCCGUGGACUUAAUGCCGGUGCAUUCUUACUUCUCCAUGUUCAGCGAAGUGGUGAUAUCCGCCAAGCGGUGGAGCUGAGUUUGGCACUGAAAGCAUCAGGAACUACCGCCGACCUGCAUGUCUUCGAGGGAGAAUUCUUCGAAGGACAUAUUCAGUUGCUUCUUCGUCUGGGGGACCCGGAAUAUCCUGCUACUUUGGUGUUGGACAACUGGCUGGAGUUACAUGUUCCAAUCACGCCCCACUAA